ACGCAAAGUGUCUUGUAAUCACUCAUCAGUGUGUUAAACUAAAUGCAAAUGUUUUUCAGUUUGUUUUUGGUCAAAAAUGUUUUCAUACUUGAUCUCACAACAUUACCUGUACUUGUGCGAACUUGUAAAAAAAUCUUUUCUAUGGGAAACUACUUGUUCCAUUUGGCUGACAGACAGAUGGUACUUACAUAAGAUAAAUAAAAUAUUUUGUUGAGUUUUGGAAUAUUUUAUGGAAUUUAAACCUAUCAUUAUGGGUAUUAAUAGAUAUGAAGUGACUGAGAAAAAAAAAUCCAAGAGAGGGAGAGAGAAAUGGAAGAAAAGAGUGAUUGGCUACUGAGAUUUGCUGUGUUUUUUCUAGUAGUUCUUGUGGUCCCUACCCAAACAGAAUGUGUUCUUCCCUCUCGACAAGAACCACUUCCUGUACUCGUUGGUUCAUGUUUCUAUCUUCCUUUAUUAGAAAUCAUGUCUGAAUGUUAUACCUGAGAGUCUGAGACCGAGUUUGUUUAUAUGGCACAACUACA